GUACAACCUGUGCAUCACCUGGUCCAAAAAGACCGCUCUGGUUCUGUACCUAGACGGGAAACCACUGGAGAUUGAAACAAGUGAGCUCAAUGGCAAAGAUCUAUACUCAACCGAUUUCAAACCCGGAGACACUGAUGGAGACCCCUUGCAAGGCUCAUCAUCCCCGUCCUGUUGCCAGCUGGCCCCUAACGGCUCUCUGACACUUGGGGCAUCUCAUAAUGUGGGUGAGAGGAAGUAUUCAGGUUCUGCCUGUGGGACGUCUGACAGGAAAAGUGUCCCUGUUCAGAAUGUGGAGUAGGGAGCUCAGCAAAGACGAAUUAUUAAAAUGCAUUGAGGGCAGUGUGGUCAAGUGGGACGAGAGCCAAUGGGACACUGCGACGUGCUCCGCUGUACAGGACACCAGCCUGGAGUGUCACUGGUCCAGUUAUGAAGUGAAGAUGAAGUUUUCAAUUUUCCGUUCUGAUGAUAAGAACAACACAGAGUUGUACAUAGCCAGAGAGAUCGCCCACCGCUGGUUGGAGGAAGUGCUGCCGACAUCAGUCUUUUUACCUCUAGUCUCUGUGUUCAGGGACACUUCAACAUCCAGAUCUGAUACUGAAGGCAUUGCAGAUUUGCUACCCGAAUACGACCCUUUGAUUUUCACGGAUCGAUGGGCUCCAUCUUCAGACAGGUUUCGUUCCCUGGUGCACCUGAACACUGUUCCUAAAUUGGACGUGGGACUGUUUCAGUCUGAGGUGCAAAAACUCCUCACACCAAUGUUCAGCGACAGAGACAGUGAUCUGUGGCUGCUGGCAGAUAAAACCAGCAUCCAUGUCACUGCUAUCGACUUUACAGCUGUCACCACGACUACCUCUGACCCCACUACAAUUCGGACCCCCACAGAGACCAGUCCAUCCACAACCUCUCCCAUCACUCCUUUCACCUCCAUCGCUUCUACCCCUGAAUCUUCUGACCCUACACUUGCCACUUUGCCUGUCUCGACACCCGCCAGUUCACCUGUCCCAAUACCUUCCAGUUCAUCUGUCCCUACUCCUGCAACUGCACCUGUUGCAACGCCUGCCACUUCACCUGCCCCGACACAUGCCACUUCACCUGACCAGACACCUUCCAGUUCACCUGUUCCUACCCCUGCAACUUCACCUGUUGCAACACCUGCCAAUUCACCUGUCCCUACCCCUACCAGUUCACCUGUGCCGACACCUGCCAGUUCACCUGCCACACCUGCCAGUUCACCUGUGCCGACACCUGCCAGUUCACCUGUGCCACCUGCCAAUUCACCUGUGCCGACACCUGCCAAGUUCACCUGUCCCUACCCUACCAGUUCACCUGUGCCGACACCUGCCAGUUCACACCUGUGCCGACACCUGCCAGUUCACCUGUGCCGACACCUGCCAGUUCACCUGUGCCGCCGACACCUGCCAGUUCACCUGUGCCGACACCUGCCAGUUCACCUGGGCCGACACCUGCCAGUUCACCUGUACCGACACCUGCCAGUUCACCUGUGCCGACACCUGCCAGUUCACCUGUGCCGACACCUGCCAGUUCACCUUGCCGACACCUGCCAGUCACCCUGCCGACACCUGCCAGUUCACCGGGCCGACACCUGCCAGUUCACCCGGGCCGACACCUGCCAGUUCACCUGUACCGACACCUGCCAGUUCACCUGCCGACACCUGCCAGUUCACCUGUACCGACACCUGCCAGUUCACCUGGGCCGACACCUGCCAGUUCACCUGGGCCGACACCUGCCAGUUCACCUGUACCGACACCUGCCAGUUCACCUGUACCGACACCUGCCAGUUCACCUGGGCCGACACCUGCCAGUUCACCCGCCGACACCUGCCAGUUCACCUGGGCCGACACCUGCCAGUUCACCUGGGCCGACACCUGCCAGUUCACCUGUGCCGACACCUGCCAGUUCACCUGGCCCGACACCUGCCAGUUCACCUGUACCGACACCUGCCAGUUCACCUGGACCGACACCUGCCAGUUCACCUGGGCCGACACCUGCCUCUUCAUCUGUCCCAACUCGUACCACUACAACUGGGGAAGUGACGUCAACUUUUAUCACGACUCUCACAACAAGUCUGACAAAUGCAACAGAUGCCCUCUCAACAGCAGUCAGUUCUACAGAGGUGAAAUCAACUUUAAGUACAAACGUAGCAACAACACCCAGUGUCUCCAUGCUGUAUUUUGAGGUCCAGGUCAACGUGUCCAUAACAGGAGCCAGUGACCCAGAACUGACCAUCGCAUAUUGGCUCAACUCCAGUUUGCCAGAUGACACAAUGUCAGUCCUGGACCUACAACUGCUCUCCAAAACUACAAAAAUUCACCACAGCCUUCAUGUUCGAGCACUUGUGGACAGCAUUUGGAGAAAGAGCUGUGUUUUCCAGGUGGAGGUGUCCAUGUCAGACUUGGAGCCUUUGCAAAUCGAAGAACUGAUCGAGAGUCUCUUAGAAAAACCUUUUAACAAUGACUCAGUCUCCAUCGCAGUAGUGGGCAUCAUCAUCUACCGCAUCUUUGAUUUUAAGUGCAAUGCUGAAAUUCGUCAGACCAGAGAAGGACAGUUUCAUUGGCCUGACACUCCAGGAGGGAGGAAUAAAUCACUACCAUGCCCCAAAAACCCUCUUAAAUCUGCCACACGCCACUGUAAGAUUUGUUUGCACGCUUAUUGGCUGGAUGCAGACUUAAGCAGCUGCCCUCUAGUGGUAGAAGGCAUCCCUGAUUUGGACAACAUCAUAGUUACUGCAGAAAAUGCAGCGGAUGUAUUGGACAUGAUUCAGGAUUUUCUGAUGAACCAGUCCAGUCUGAACUGUGACGAUUUGGCCACAAUCCUGAACAAAGUGGUGGACGUUAUAAUUGUGAGUGUGGUUACUCCUCCUCUGGGACAGGCUCUGCUCGACGUGAUCUCUAAUGUGCUGGAGAGUAAAAGCAACCUACAACCCUUCAUCAACACUAUCCUGAACAUCACCGAGUCUCUGGGUGACAAAAUAACUGGAUAUAAUGACUCCACCAUCUUGGCAUCUCCGUAUGUUGGCAUGUCUGUGGUGGAUGUGGACCCAGAUCACUUCAAGGCUAUGAGCUUUGGGGUUUUAUCAGGCCGAGUGGGACUAACACCUGAGAUUUUCAUAAACAGACAUCCUCAAAAUGGGACAGUGGCUUUCAUCUCGCUGCCCUCCAUCCUGCAGCAGAGCUUCCCUCAAGGCAUCGAAAAUCACACAUCACCAAGAGUUCAGUUUCAAUUCUUUGGUGUCCCGCGGCUUUUCAUGAACAAAACUCCAAACGACCUGAUCCUGAACACGUUUGUGGUGUCAGCGAGUGUGACCAACGCCAGCUCCCGGAUCACAGACCUGCAGGAGGAUGUCCUAAUUACACUGUCCCAUCUCAAACCCAACCAUGAUAACAAGGAUGUCCAAUGCGUUUACUGGAACUUUAACCUAAAUGAUGGACAGGGAGGCUGGGACCCUUCUGGCUGCCGUAAAUUCAUAAGCUCUUCUCACUACACCACCUGUCUGUGUGACCACCUCACUCACUUUGGAGUACUUCUGGACGUGUCUCGAAAACCUGUGGACCCAAAGGACGAGUACAAAUUGACCAUCAUCUCCUAUUUGGGCUGUGGAGUCUCCUCUCUGUUUCUGGGAAUCACUGUGCUCACCUACACUGCCUUUGAGAAGCUCCGUCGGGACUAUCCCUCUCAGAUCCUCAUAAACCUCUCACUUGCUCUUCUGGGCUUGAACCUGGUCUUUCUGGUCAACACCUGGUUCUCAUCAUUGGGUGUCUACGGUCUGUGCAUCUUUGUGGCAUCUGCUCUGCACUACUUCCUGCUGGCCUCCUUCACCUGGAUGGGAUUAGAGGCUGUUAAUAUGUACUUUGCAUUAGUCAAAGUUUUCAAUGUGUAUGUGCCCUCCUACAUACUCAAGUUCUGUGCACUUGGGUGGGGGAUCCCAUUGGUGGUCUGUGUGGUGGUGCUGAUCGUUGACAGAGAGGCUUAUGGCAGUCACUUGUACACAGUGACUAACCCGAGUGUGCAGCCACUGGACAACGGUGACAACUUUUGCUGGAUUCAGGACAACGUGACGUUUUAUGUGUCGGUGGUCGGAUAUGCUGCACUAGUUUUCCUCUUCAACAUUGCAGUGUUCAUUGUGGUCCUGAUCCAGAUCCGGAGGAUGCGGUACAACAGUCCGGCUGGAAUCCAUAGUGGUCUGAUGAAGGACCUGAAGGGCGUAGCCAGUCUGACUCUGCUCCUGGGACUCACCUGGACCAUUGGCUUCUUCACCUGGGGUCCAGCCCGAGUUGCCAUGCUCUUCCUGUUCUCCACACUCAACUCCCUGCAAGGGCUUUUUAUCUUCGUCUUUCACUGUCUUAUGAAGGAAAACGUCAGGAAACAGUGGAGGAUACAUCUUUGCUUUGGGCGUUUCAGGCUGGAGGACAACUCUGAGUGGAGUGCCUCUGUCUCUUACGGUCACAUGGCCAAACCAAAGCCCCCGGCACCUCAAGCCCAUGUUCCGUCAGUCCGUUCCAUCAAGUCCAGCUCCACCGAGAGCACCUCCGCCUCCUCAGACUCCAGCCAACGAGAGUCUGUUUGCAGCAACAAGAGACCACACCUGGGCCUGCUGGUGAGCAGUCUGGUCAUUCCUCGAGCGCAGUGCACCAGCAUCAGUCCAGCUCCAAGGUCCCACGGCUCCCUGAAGCCCACGCCUGGAUGGACUAAUCACUUACUCACACAAGAAAACACUUAAAUAUGCACACUCCAUCCUGACGAAUGUGCUGUACAUGGAAAA